AUGUCAACAACAACUGUUCGUCAAGUACCCAUUACAUGCAACGGUCACACUAGACCAGUCGUUGAUCUUCGUUUUAGUGAUAUAACAAAAUACAGCUACUUUCUCAUAAGCGCUUGCAAAGAUGGUAUACCAAUGCUACGCGAAGGUGAUACAGGCGAUUGGAUUGGAAGUUUUAUUGGUCAUAAAGGAGCUGUAUGGGGAGCAACUAUAACAGGAAAUGCUGAAUUAGCUGCAACAGCUGGCUCUGAUUUUACUGCAAAAUUAUGGGAUGCAAGUACGGGUGCUGAAUUACAAACAUUCGAACAUAAACAUAUUGUACGUUCUGUUGAUUUUUCAUCGAUAAAUAAAGAAUGGUUGUUAACGGGAUCAAAUGAAAAAUUAAUUAAAAUUUAUGAUGUGACUGCACCAACAGAACCAGUGAAAGUUUUCAAUGGUCAUACAGGUGCAGUUAAAAAAGCAAUUUUUAUGGAUGCAAAACGAAUUUGUACAGCAUCCGAUGAUAAAACCAUAAAAAUCUUUGAUAUUGACUCAGGAAAUUGCAUAUCAACUAUUGAUUUUCCUUCACCACCAAAUAGUAUUGAAAUUUCACGUGAUGGUCAAGCUUCAUUGCUUAUUACACAUGGCAAAAAAGUAGAAAUCUAUGAUGGCAAUAAUUUAAAUAAAUUACAAUCAUUUGAAAUGCCAUGUGAAAUGAAUACAGCUUCAUUUCAUCCAACUGCACGUGAAUUUGUUUGUGGUGGAUUAGAUUUUCGUAUUUAUAAAUAUAAUUUUGAAACGGGUAUUGAACUUGAGUCAUACAAAGGUCAUUUUGGUCCAAUACAUUGUAUGUCAUAUUCACCUGAUGGUCAAAUUUAUGCAUCAGGUAGUGAAGAUGGAACAUUACGUUUAUGGCAAAAUACAGUUGGCAUAACUUAUGGUUUGUGGGAAAUGGUUAAUGUAUAA